AUGGGACAAGAAGAAAGCUACUUCUAUGGUUGGCCACCGGUAGGAGCUCCAUUGAAUGUACAAAGAGAGGACCACUGGAGACAUUUUGACAACUCUGUCAAUGCGGUGUCAUUUGGUUUUGUUGCUACUGCCAUUCUCAUCUCCAUGUUCUUAGUCAUGGCUAUCUUUGAACGCUUUCUUAGACCCAACUCUUCCCCUAGUGGCCGUAACCAUGUUGACCUUGAAUCUCAGCUUAAUUUCAAUGGCAAGCUCAGCCACCCAUCACCAAAAAUGACGAUAUACACCAGUGGAGUUUCAGUAUUAAUGCCUGGGGAUGAGAUUCCUACCUUCAUUGCACAUCCAGCUCCUGUUCCCCGUCUCCCUGAAAGCCCUUCAUUGCCUCAGCAUGAACACAACUCAUCAGCCAAUCCUUACUCAAACUCCGGGUAAACAUUAAUGCAACUUCAGUAGGAGAAAACUUAAAUUUAGAAAUCCCACCGCACAUGCUACAUCAAACAAUGAUCAUGAAUUCAUGAUGACUCUCCAGCAGGAGGUUUUCUCUGUCUAUGAACAAGCAAGACCGUCUAGUCUGGAUCAGAGUUACCCCUAUUUCGCUUCUCAGCCAUAAGAUCCUUAUAUUCUGUACAUAGCACAGUUUUUGGUGGGCUGGCAAGCUUUGUCAAAUACAUAAAUUACCUUGCUGUCAAUUUCCUCCGAUGCAUGUUUAAAAUUUCUUGAACUAGUGACUUGGAUCCUGAAGCUGGUUUUGAUAAUGGAUCAUUUUACAUGUAAAAAUUUGAGAUAUGGAAAGAAGUAUCAAGCGCAACUUGUUACAGAUGGGAUGAAAAUUAAUAAUAUAAAACAAUGAAUUUGAACUUCCAUUUCCAUUACACCUUGUUCCGCCAAAUUUUGUUGUUGAAAAUGAGAUUGUGAUGAUCCAUUUAGGACGGGUUCUGGCAAAGGAAUUUCACAUCCAUGGACUGUUUCUAUGAAAACAGGAAUUCACAAAAGGUUUGAUGCUUGAACUAUCCGAUGAGUUUGCUUUGUUGAGAGUUGACAAUAAGGAGCGGCACUUGUGCCCAACUAUAUGUCAGUUAUCCGAUUGUGAACCCUAUCAGUUUCUUGCAUUUUUCCUAAUCAGAGUCUCUUUCUUUUUACAAGAGACAAGGUCACUGGCUUUUUCUUGUUCUGAGUCCAUUUCCAUGUUUCAUUACGA